UAAUAUUUAAAGCAAAUAUAUGUUUGCCCCAGAUUUCAAGAGGACAAAACAAGAACUGGUCUUCAGAAAAGAGCUCUGUUGAAAGGCUUUAUUGAUUCUGAGUAACCAUGAAGGUCCAAAUCAUUCUUCUGCAUUUAGCUGCUUAUGUUGCUGUGUCAGUGUGCAACCGUGUCUAUGUGCAUCCUUUCAACCUUUUCAACUUCAACAAAACAGAGUGUGAAAAAGCUGAAAAGCUAAAUCACACAAUUGAAAAGCUUUUCAUACCCAUCUCAAUUGAUUCCAAGAUAAAGUCUGAAGAGGAACUGGUGAAAGAGAAAACAUCCUUCGACGUAAAACAUCUUGGAAUUACAGGAAACUACAUGUUAAAUAGGUUGACAUAUUUAAUGAAUGAUUUUGGUUUCCGGGCCCUAAAUGCAUUGAUGAAAAUGAGCAAAGAUGACACUUUUCUCCUGUCCUAUACCAACUUAUAUGCGACUAUGAUAUCUUUCUAUCUUGGUGCCUCUGGAGAUACUUCGGAUGAUCUACAGACAAUUUUGGGCUUUCUGCACUCAUCAGGUCAUGCAGACUGUGCAUCGAAGGUGAAUGGCCUUAAAGUUCUUUCAACCCUCAGAAACAUUGACAACCUACUCUUUUCCAAAGGUGCCAACAUUGAUGCCUUGACUAUAGCGUGCAUCUUUGUUGCCCCAGACGUCCCAUUAUCAGAGAUGUUUGUACAGAACUUGCUUCCAUCAGCUGACGAACUUUAUGUGAGGUCAGUUGAUUUCACAAAUUCAAUUAAAGCUGCAGAAUUGAUCAAUGAUUUUUUGGAGUCUCGAACAUCAAAAAAAAAUCAAAAUGUAUUAAAGUCUACUGCUGAAUCGACCAAUCUUUUAUACACAAGCUACAUCCAUUUCACAGGUAAGGUAAACAAUUCCUUUUUGUUUCCUGAACCUCAAGACUUUUGGAUUGAGCCAAACAGGAAAAUUCUGGUUCCAAUGUUGUCAGUAUCUGGAACGUUCCAAUAUAAGACCGAUGAUACCACGAAUCAAACAGUAUUAAAGCUUCCUAUUAGUGAAAAUGACUUCUUAUUGUUGGUCCAGCCAACUAACGGGAACACACUUGAGAACAUAGAGUCUUCAAUCUCUUGGGAUACAUUUCAAAAAUGGUUGAAUAAUUUAUCAAAUAGGAAGAUCAACUUAUCUCUACCAAAGCUGGAAAUAGAAAGUUCCUAUGACAUUCAAGAGAUUCUUGCCAAACUAGGAGUUCCAUCUCUACUUGGAAAUACAGCGAAUUUUAGGAAAAUAAGCAAUGUUGACAUACAAGUUGGGCAGAUUAUAAAUAAAGUUAAUUUUGAAUUGGAAAGCAUUGCCUUGGACACAAGUGAAGCAAAGAGUCAUUUGUCGGACAAAGAUGACAUUGAACCUCUGGAAGUGAAAUAUAAUGAGCCUUUUCUCCUAGCUGUAUUUGAAGGCACCACAAAAGCAUUUAUUUUUAUUGGCAGAAUAACAAAUCCUGUAAAUGCCCUUUAAAUGUUAAGAGUGCUGGUAAAUCAAGGCGCAUCAAUGGCAGUACUUGCUUCCCAGAUACCUUACAGCUAAUCUAGAUAUGAUAGGACAUUUCUGAGUUUGAAUCCCUAUGCAGCCAUCUCAGUUUUAGCCAUGAAUGUCAUCUUGGCAUAAGUGCCACUUGGUUGACAUCACCUAUUUUAAUGUCCUGUCCUCCUGAUCCUUUCAUACUGUCUUCAUACCUCCACAUGUUGCCAGGUAUGCUCCUGUAGAAAAUAGAAAUCUUAAAAUAAUAAUUUUACUUGAUACUUAUUCAUAUGUAUGUAUGUAUUUUAUUCUUUAUAAAAUAGGCUUUCUGGUAUCAUAUACAGUACAUACAUAUGUUGUUCUGUGUCACAUAAAUAAUAGUGUAAUCAGACUUCCCUGGCUUUUCUUAUAAAAACAGAUUUAUUCUUA